GCUAUGCUCUCUCUGUCGUCUCUUCUCAACCCUGCACCUCCAGGGUCCUCCAACGAUGAUGAGUUCUUUCCCAGUCCAAUAUUCUCAUCUCCCACGGACUCAUGUGCUGAAGAGUCUCUGUUUCCCAAUCGGUCAACGAUGCCCAAGCACAAGAUGCCCAAGGACGCGGCAGUCUUCACGAAGGGCAAGCCGAAAGGGGCCAUAAACUUCCACCCGCACGAGGAUUUAGAUGAAGCUUCACUUCGCCGCACCCGAUUAUUUCAAGUCUAUCCACUGGGAAAGAUUCGGGAGUUUUCACGGCAUAUUCCAUACAACAGCGGUAAGAAGGACUUUUUUGACAAGACUGGACGAGAAAGCUUUGAAGUUUUUCAAUACGUUUUCAAAGUCCCGGGGGACGAUACCGAGUACACGGUGAUGUGGGACUACAACGUUGGGCUCGUUCGUAUGACACCGUUCUUUAAAUGCUGUAAAUAUCCAAAGACAACACCUGCCAAGAUGUUGAACUCGAAUCCUGGUCUCAAAGAGAUAACUCAUAGCAUCACAGGGGGUUCGAUUAUGGCUCAAGGUUACUGGAUGCCUUAUCAAUGCGCGAGGGCUGUCUGCGCAACCUUUUGCCACAACAUAUCAGGGGCACUUAUCCCUAUAUUCGGGCCAGAUUUCCCGGCUCUUUGUACGCAAGUCGAUGCACCAGAGUAUAGCCGCAUGGUUAUAGAUCCGGCGAUAGUGAUGCAGUCUACUCGAGAAGCCGAAUACUACCGUCAUCUUUACAGCAAUACAACAAAUGUAGGUUCGGCAUCGAAGAAUGACAACGGGAACCGACCAAGCCCUAAGCGUGACCUUCGCGUUCAUCGCCCAUACUACGAUGGCGGCGAGAGGCAACAACAUCGGCACCGUGUCCGAAAGCCAGGCAUUUCGACGCCGAGAAGUGAUAACAGCACCUAUACAACAGAUACCGAAGGCGAGAUCUCGCCUAUUGUGGAACGCACAAGCUUGGUCAGCGAUCUACCUCACUACCAGCACCCGCGCUCCCUGCAUUCACCAACAACCGCUCUAAUUCCGUCACUACGAGAAAGUCACGCCGGUAGCAGUAGUAGUGGUUGGACACCAGCAAACAUACUUCAUGCGCCAACCCAUCUCCGUCAGUCUAGCGAAUACCAAGCCAGCGGUCCUAAUCCUUGGUUGAGUGCAAUCCCUCGUUUCACGACCGCAUCUCAUAUCCAGACCGUAACUUAUCCGAGUGCAAACGCAUCACGAAGUACCCGUUUCCAGCCCUAUCCUGGCACGCAACCUUCUAGUCAACCGCAGCCUCAUCCACAGACAUAUCAUCAUCACACGAACACCGCGCGCGGACAACUUCCAUCACCCUUAGACAUACCUCCCAAGCUCAACACUACCUCGCCGUCUUCGCGAACAAAGCGCCCUGCGUCACAGAUAGAAGAUCACAGAGACCACAGACACGAUGCAAGCCAAAGCCAAGUGGUACAACACUACCGCACCAACAAGUCGAGUCACGUUGAGAAUCGAUCAAUACGUGUGACAGAAGAUGACAAAGCAACAGGUGCAGACAAGAAGGCAGCGCUGCUGCUGAUGAAUCUCAGCGUGCGCGAGUCUUCUAGCUGGCAAGCUGGGAGGAAGCCGCAGAACGCUAAUGAGGGUGGCAGGUUCGAGGUUGAUAGCAGAUACGCUGGAGACGAUGGGAGAUACCAAGAUAAAGCUCAUUAUACGGAGAAGGAUUCUGGCAAUGCCCGGGGUUCUCGCUAUAAUGGUGGUGCGGCCAAGGUCGGCAGUGAUGGAAUCUCGAACACGGAGGUGGUGCCGCGGACUAAACGAUUGCGGUCUAACUCUAUGUAG